AUAUAUUCAAUAAGCUGUUGCGUGUCGAGUUAAUCUUAGUUCCCUUGUUCAUAUAUGAGCGUGUGUUAUAUCAAGGAAUAAUUCCAGUAACUGGUUAUACCGAACCCACACCGAGUCUGUAUACAAGAAAUAGAGAUAUGGUUUAUAUGCUUAGACAAGAUGUGCGGAUGAAUACAUCAAUGUAUAUAAUGUGAGAAGGUCACUGCAAUGUAUAUAAUGUGAGAAGGUCACUGUAUUGUGAGAUGGCCAAUUGUUUAUGACAACAAUGGACGUGUAUAAGUUUGACGAUGUGAACAAUUACCGUAGCUAUUAUAAGUUGUGAAGAUCGCUGAGUUAUAGAAGAAAGUGUGUGUUAUGUUUGUCGAUUUAAAAAGGCCUUCUAUGUUACUACAUUAAAGAGAUUUACUUAGUGGUCUGCUGUCAUACAUGUGAUAAUAUGGCUGAACAGAUACGGGCAAUAACAAGUAGUUGAUUCAACGACUAAAUGUGUGUUAUUGUGUUAUUAAAAAGGUCUAAUUCGUUGUUAAUACAUUAAAAAGAUUUACCUUGUGAUCUGGCAUACAUGUGAUAACAUUGCUGAACAAAUAUAACUAGUAGUUGUUUGGACAACUGAAUGUUGGUGAUUUUGUCCAUAUACUUCACUGUUAUUACAUUUACAAACAAAACUAGUUUCUGUCGGAUACAUUUUACAGAAUGGCUGAACAAACAGAUUACAUUUACAAACAAAACUAGUUUCUAUCGUAUACAUUUUACAGAAUGGCGGAACAAACAGAUAAGGAAGUGUGUAGCAUUUGCUUAAAUGACUUUCAUCAACCUAAAACUAUCGAUUGUCAACAUUCGUUCUGUUUCACCUGUUUAGAAGAUUAUGUACACAGAACUGCCACUAAUGACCACUUUCUGUGUCCUUUGUGUCGUUUCGACAUGCCCAUCCCUAAGGAUGGCGUAGGGGCGUUUAAACCAAGCCAUUCCACAAUUAAUAACCCACAAUGUGAUGUUUGUACAAAUGUUGUAUCUGUUUUUAAGUGCAAAGAUUGUCCUAAAUAUUUGUGCGAAUCUUGUAAAACAAUGCAUGAUACAUUCUGUGAGGAUCAUAUUGUUAUUAAAUGUAAUGAACCAUUAUCAAACGACGGAGCAUUAGGGGCAGAUAAAUCGCCCGUGACUAGCCCACGUGAUUUCUGUUCUAAUCAUCAAAAAAAGGGAGUGGAAUAUUUCUGUAAUAAUUGUUCAAUGGCUGUCUGUUCUAAUUGUUUUGUUGUCGGCCAUAAUGGACAUGGAUAUUUGGAUUUACAAGUUGAAAGUGUACGAGAAGAAAUCAGGGGAGAACUGAAAACAUUAAAUCAGGAAAUAAAAACUCACAUUGAUAAACUUGAAAAAUUUAGUGAAAGUUUAAACAUGAAGUACUGUGAGGUGAAUGAUUCUGUGAAGACGGCUUGCGACAAGGUAGAUGAACAGGUCAAUAUUAUCUGUAGUGAGGUGAGAAAAAUUGGUGAUCAGCUCAAAGAUAAAAUGAAGAAAGACAAUGCCAAUGUUGAUGUUAAUAUACAAUUAAAAAAACUCAUGGACGAUAUUCAAAAACUAACAGAAGAUUUAAAAGUCAGUGUUAAAUAUUCAGUGAAUGUUUUAGAAGAUUCAUCCAUUGUUCAAGUUUUACAAAGAUUACCCCAUGUUCGACAGGAGAAAGAUGAAAGUCUCUGUAGAACAUUAGAUAUACCUGAUGUAAGAUAUUCAAAAUUUCAAGUGGCAGAGAUAGAUCAAACAUUGUUAACUAAUCAACUUGGUAAAAUUGUAAGUUGUAAUCAGAAUAUGGUUGAAGAUAUAUUUAAUGUGAGGAAUAUGCCUGAGUAUCCUAAUCCUAAUGUACUUAAUGGUAAACUACUAGUAGUGUCAGGUUUUACAUGGAGAAUUGGUAUAUAUAGAUUUUCAUCGACAUUACGUGUUAGAUUAUACCUGUAUGACGUAGAAGAUAAACGUAUCACGUCAUGUAAAGUUGACGUCACAAAUAAAGUUAUAAAUAAAACAGAUGAUAGACAAUCUGUGGUUAAACAAGUUGAUAUGGUUCUUAGACGUGAUGGUGGCAAUUCAUACGUGUAUAAUGACCUAAUGACCUGGGAGGAAUUAUGUAAACCAAACAGUGGAUUUGUUGAUCAUGAUAACUUUACAAUCGAAACGACAAUUAAUAAAAUAAGUGACAUUAAAAGACGUUUAUAAUUACUGUAAUCUGAUGAUGUAAUAUAAUAUUUACUGUUGACUGGCUUGUAUUAAA